CAACUGCAAAGUGGCCGAUUUUACAAAAGUGCUUAAAUAUACGACAUAUUGCAGGCAAAAUAAAAGCUUCGCCAUUUAUUAAGAAAGAGAACGGUGUUGAAACCGCAAAAGUAUCCGAUAGUUUCUGUCGGCCGAUGUUGAUGCUUUAGAUGCUCUAACGCGCGACGGUUCCGGAUUUGCAGAUCUGCGUCAGUGACAUUAAUGACGUCUCCGAGAGACGUCAGUUACGCAGAUAUCGAAUCGUAAUCGUAGCAUGUGGACCAGGCAUAACCAACCGAACGAUUCGUUCGAUGCUGAGUAGAGCUCAAAUAUACUCUCAAGGCAGUCCGUAAAAAACUGAAAAACUGUCCGUAAAACUGGAUCAUGUUUUGCUGCAACUGCUCACUUUUCACCGGGCUACUUUGACAAUUCACCGGCACAACAACAACAAACCGGCUUUGGUAAUCGUAUGUGUUGCAGAAAUUUCUCGGCAGCGGUGAUCCGUUCCGCAAUGGAGCCGAUUAAAAUGGCUCUGAUCGAUCUCAGUGGCACACUGCACGUCGAUGAUCAGCCGACGGAUGGAGCGGUCGAAGCGCUCAAAAGGCUCCGUCAGCACGGUGUGCGGGUCAAGUUUGUGACGAACACCACGAAGGAAAGUGCGGGCUCACUGUACACCCGGUUGCGCCGUAUCGGAUUCGAGUUGGAGCGCGAAGAAAUCUACGGUUCCCUGGCCGCCGCUGCCGACUACAUCCGCACGCACCACCUAAACCCGUACUAUCUGCUAACGGAUGAUGCACGUGCCGAUAUGCCGCCACCAUAUGCUCCGGACGUUCCCCAUGAUUCCGUCGUCGUCGGACUGGCACCGGGCCACUUUUGUUACGAACGACUGAACGAAGCAUUUCGCGUUUUACAUCGACCACCGGGCACUCGGGCCGCCCAGCUCGUUGCCAUUCACGAAGGACGCUACUACAAGGCAGCGGAUGGGAUCGCCCUCGGGCCGGGAUGCUUCGUGAAGGGACUAGCGUACAGCAGCGGCGUUACUCCCGUUUGUAUCGGCAAACCGAAUGAAUAUUUCUUUCGCUCCGCCCUACCGGAAGGUGUAGCCGUUGGAGAGUGCGUCAUGAUUGGCGAUGAUCCAAACGACGACUGUUUCGGUGCGAUGCAGAUCGGCAUGCGCGGCUUUCUCGUGGAAACGGGCAAGUAUCAACCGGAACGCCACUCGGCCGAUAAGCGACCGGCGGUGAGUGGCAUUUUCCCCACGUUCCGCGACGUCGUACAGCACAUAAUCGACGGGCAGCCGCCAGCACGGCCCUAACGGGCACUUGCUCUAUUUAAAACCCAAAACAGUUUUCAGUUGCUUAAUUUUUAAGUUACAUUCAUAUUUAAAGCGACAGUUCAGUGGUUUAAUCGUAGAGUAAAAGUAAUGUUGAAGCACGACACAAACCGAAUCGACGACCGAGGGGAUAGUUUGGUGUCGA